GAGACCAUGCGGCCGGCAAGGAGCCCCUUCUUCCUGGCGGCGGCUUUGCUGCUCCUGAUGCCCCUCGAGGGACCGGCGGCGGCGGCGGAAGGCCCGGCCCUCCAGAGGCUGCGAUCCCGCCUCCUCCGACGGCAGCCUCAGCAGGGAGCCCCCGAGGACCGCUUCCUCCCGGAGGAGAAGCAGGCUUCCCCUCGGUGGCGCCCCGCUGCCGGUCCUCCUGGGCCCCCGGCGCCGAGGGGCCCCCGCCUGGUCCGCCCCAAGCGCCUGCCGCCGCCGCCGCCGCUCUCCAUCGACCUGACCUUCCACCUCCUGCGGGAAAUGGUGAGCCUCUCCCGGGCGCAGAGCCAGAGGGAGCAGGCCCGCCUCAACCAGCGCCUCCUCGACCAGGUGGGCAAGUGAGCCAGCCCCUAGGAGGCCCGUCCAGGCCCGCUCCGUCCUCCGGGGGCCCGAGGGGAGUUGCAGUCCCAGAGCCCCCGCGGGGAGGAAUGGGGGCCAGUCCCCCUUCGGCGGCAGGGCAGCCUCUCU